AUGCCCUCCAGACAGCAACUCUGGUCUCUAGCCUGGACAUUGCUCUCUUUGAGCGCAUCCUGGGACGUGGUCAGGGCUGAUAACCCGAUCGUACAAGAUCUCUUCACUGCAGACCCGGCUCCGGUCGUCUACAACGACCGGAUCUACGUCUUUACGGGCCACGAUAACAAUGGCGCGACAUUCUACAAUAUGACGGACUGGCGCCUCAUUUCAUCGGCCGACGCGGUGAACUGGCAGCACCACGGCUCCCCCAUGAGCCUCAGCACCUUCAAGUGGGCCAAUGCCAACGCAUGGGCCGGCCAGGUGAUUGAGCGCAACGGCAAAUUCUACUAUUACGCGCCCGUCCGCCACUCCACAGGUGCCAUGGCAAUUGGCGUUGGCGUGAGCUCCAGCAUCACUGGGCCUUAUGUGGACGCUCUGGGAAAGCCACUGGUGGAGAAUAAUGGAAUCGAUCCCACGGUCUGGAUUGACGACGACGGGCAAGCGUACCUGUACUGGGGCAAUCCAGACCUGUGGUAUGUGAAGCUGAAUGCCGACAUGACCUCCUACAGUGGCGGCAUCAACAAAGUCUCCCUCACCACUGCUGGCUUUGGCACACGGACAGGAAAUGCUCAGAGACCUACGACGUUUGAAGAAGGCCCAUGGCUCUACAAACGCAAUGGUCUCUAUUACAUGGUCUAUGCCGCCGAUUGCUGCUCGGAGGAUAUCCGCUACUCCACUGCCCCCACCGCCACUGGACCAUGGACCUACAAAGGUGUCAUCAUGCCCAGUCAAGGCCGCAGUUUCACCAACCAUCCCGGUGUUAUCGACUUCAAGGGCAAGUCGUACUUUUUCUAUCACAACGGUGCGCUUCCCGGUGGGAACGGAUAUCAGCGAUCGGUCGCCGUGGAAAGUUUUAACUACCGUGGUGAUGGAUCCAUCCCCCAAAUCGACAUGACCACAAAUGGCCCCGCGCAGAUUGGCACUCUCGACCCCUUUGUCCGUCAAGAAGCUGAAACGAUCGCCUGGUCCUCGGGUGUCCAGAUUGAGGUCUGUAGUGAGGGUGGACAGAGUGUGGGUUACAUCAAGAGUGGCUCCUUCAUCAAGGUCAAAGGCGUCAAUUUUGGUGGAGGUGCAAAGUCUUUCACGGCCCGUGUGGCCUCCGCCGGCAAUGGUGGUGAUAUCCAAGUGCAUUUGGACAGUCAGAGCGGCCCCGUCGUGGCUACCUGUACCGUGCGCAACACUGGCGGUUGGCAGUCUUGGGCAAGUGUGAAUUGCCCAGUCAGUAACGCUCAGGGCGUCCACGAUGUGUUCUUUGUCUACUCCAGCAGUGACAAGAACUCGUAUCUGUUCAAUGUCAACUGGUGGCAGUUCUCUUGA